AUGGACUUUGCUCCCUACCAGUCCUCCCCGCCGGAGCGCGAACGAGCCCUCUCCCCGCCUCUGGCGUCGCCUCGCGCCUCGGCUGACAUUCGAAGACCGUUCUCGCCGUAUGGCCAGCCGUCGCCCCCACCUCUGCAACACCCGCAACCGCAGCGCGGCUGGCAGCCGAAUCUGCCAGGAUCCUACCCCACGGCGGACGCGCACCGGGAGGGCGUGAGUGAGUUUGACACGAGCUUGGGGAUCAGGCUGGACUACGAGGCUGCGCUGGCGUACUUGGCGUUCCCGCCGCUGGGUGCGAUAUUAUUGUUGAUUGGGGAGCGGAACAGUGAUUAUGUGAGGUUUCACGCAUGGCAGUCCGCACUGCUGUUCACGGCCGUCAUGGUCUUCCACUUGGUGUUCCUCUCCUGGUCCAAAUUCCUAAGCUGGUUCUUCUUCAUUGGCGACCUGUUCGUCAUGGUGUGGCUGGCGUUGAGGGCCUACCAAGACGCGGAUACGCUAGAUAGGUUCGAGGUCCCCGUGCUUGGCGCGCUGGCAAGCCGAAUUCUUGAUGAUGAAUAA